AUGCAAUUCUCUGCCCUCAGAGCUCAGCUUACAGUUCGUCUCUUUUUUACUCAUCCUCCUUUAGGAGCCUCAAACUUACCGAAGCCCAGCUUCGACACGACGUCUUGUGCUGUCAUUCGCUCGAAUCUACAGGACCAGCUAACCGACUCAUCCAUGCUUCUGAGCCUUCCAAGUAAACCGGAAGCUCCACAUUACCCGAACUUUGGCAAAUCAAGCACUACCGGGCUUCCUCCUCUAUUACCCACGGCAAUCACACUUCCUAUCACUUCACCUACCACUUACUCCACCACAAACACCACCACCACCACCACUAACAACAGUAACAACAAUAACAGCAGCAGCAGCAACAACAACAACACCAUCAACGGCACCAAGAGUUCUAGCGAUCCGACUGUCAGCGUUUCUACGACCAUCAUUGAACUAAUACCUACGAUUGGGAACAAGCCAUGCGCCCAGGAUCAAUUGGCUCUCUUGACUUCAGAUCAGAAAGACGCCAUGACUACCGGAUCUGCCAUGUCUACGAACCUUUGCCUCGGUCAACUUCCAGGACCGAGCAAUCCUAUAUCUACUACUGCCGUUGUAGCUGCCAACGACCUAAGCAGACCAACAGUCGGACGGGAGAGAAAGACAUCGUCACUAACGCUGAACAACCUUACACCAUCGGCCUCCUCCAUUCGCCCAAAUCAGGGCCAAAGUCGAGCCGAUUCUGCUCCAAUUGGCUAUGCCCAGCUGAUGUCAAGUCGACGACUGAUCCUAGCACCAACUGACAAACGGGAAGUUGACACGUUGACAUUAGAGGCUGCCGGCAAGAAGGAUGGGCAAUCGUGUGAUGAAUGGCGAGAGGGCAAUGAUAAAAGCCAAACUAUCAAUUAUCCGAACCCUGUACCGAGUAUAGAGCAUACGGAAAAAAUGGCUCAGACUUCAGGUAGGCAGGCUCCGAGUGUCAAUUAUGAUGAAGAAUUUAUAUGCGAAGAAAAGUUGGGAUUCGAAAAGUCUCUUGUUCCAUAA